AAAAAAAGUAUAAUUAUUAUAAAUUUUAAUUUUGGUUCUGGAUCUGGUUUCUGUUUCUCUGUUCAACCCUUGAGUUUGAUGCUUCCUUAGCUCUCUACUUGGAUAUCGAUUUAACAAUCCUGACAUGUCCGGGCCGCUUGAUCGGUUCGCGCGUCCCUGCUUUGAAGGGUUCUCUGGUCAUGAUGAAAGAAGAGAGCGGAAAUCGGAUUUUGAGAAUUCAGAAGAUGAUAGGCGUACCAGAAUUGGGAGUCUGAAGAAGAAAGCAAUAAAUGCGUCCAGCAAAUUCAGGCAUUCUCUUAGGAAGAAAAGCAGGAGAAAGAGUGGGAGUCGUAGCAAUUCUGUUUCGAUUGAGGAUGUUCGAGAUGUUAAAGAGCUCCAAGCAGUGGAAGCAUUUCGACAGUCACUUAUGUCAGAUAACUUGUUGCCACCAAGACUUGAUGACUAUCAUAUGUUAUUGAGAUUCUUAAAAGCAAGGAAAUUUGAUAUUGAGAAAGCAAAGUACAUGUGGGCCAACAUGAUCCAAUGGAGGAGAGACUUUGGUACUGAUACAAUUAUGGAGGAUUUUGAGUUCAAUGAGUUGAAUGAAGUCCUGCAGUACUAUCCACAUGGUAAUCAUGGUGUGGAUAAGGAAGGAAGACCUCUUUAUAUUGAGAGGCUAGGCAAAGUUGAUCCCAAUAAGCUUAUGCAAGUCACUACCAUGGAUAGGUAUUUGAGAUACCAUGUGCAGGGUUUUGAGAAAACGUUUGCUGUUAAGUUUCCUGCAUGUUCUAUUGCUGCAAAGAGGCAUAUAGAUUCUAGUACAACCAUUUUGGAUGUUCAAGGCGUGGGUUUCAAAAACCUAACCAAGUCUGCAAGGGAACUCAUCACACGGCUGCAAAAAAUUGAUGGUGACUACUAUCCUGAAACAUUAUAUGUAAUGUUUAUAAUCAAUGCCGGUCCUGGUUUCAAGCUGCUUUGGAACACAGUGAAAACAUUUCUUGAUCCCAAAACUACUUCAAAGAUACAUGUUCUUGGAAACAAGUUCCAGAGUAAAUUGCUUGAAAUUAGUGAUGCAAGUGAGCUGCCAGAAUUUCUAGGUGGUAGUUGCACUUGUAAAGAUCAAGGUGGUUGUAUGAGGUCUGAUAAAGGGCCAUGGCAAGAUCCAAACAUUUUAAAGAUGGUUCUUAGUGGUGAAGUACAAUGUUCUAGACAAAUAGUAACAAUUUCUAACGACGAGGGGACAGUAAUUGAAUGUGAUAAGACAUGUUAUCCUAUGAUAAGAAGUAGUGAUACAUCAACAGCAGAAUCAGGAUCUGAAGUUGAAGAUAUCACUUCUCCCAAAGCAAGUGGGAAUUAUACAAACCCAAGGUUGACCCCCGUCCAUGAAGAAGCAAGAUUGGUUGGUAAGGCUAGUCAUGCUGGUGGUAUCUCUGAGUAUGAUGAGUAUGUUCCCAUGGUUGACAAGACUGUCGACGUUACAUGGAAGGAGAAACAAUUGACUACUCAAAACUCAUUUGGCUCAACAGAAAAAUUUCUAUCGAGGACGGGAAGAUCUACUGAUGGAAACUGUGCGCAUAUCUGGGCUAUUAUAGUGGGCUUCUUUAUUGCCAUCUUUACUUUUGCUCGUUCAAUAGCAUUUCGUAUGACUAAGGGAAUACAGGACUCUGAAUCUGUUUCUGCCCAAAAUAUGCCUAACAUGACUGUUGAUUCAAUUACCAAGGAAGAAUCUCGUCCCCCUUCACCUGCUCCCAGAGUCACAAAGGCAGAGCUCAUCUCAUCUGCUUUGAAACGCCUUAGUGAGCUUGAAGAGAAGGUUGAUGUGCUACAGUCAAGACCUAAUGUGAUGCCAUGUGAGAAAGAGGAGCUGUUGAAUGCUGCUGUUUAUCGUGUGGAUGCAUUGGAAGCAGAACUGAUCGCUACAAAGAAGGCUUUAUACGAAGCUUUGAUUAGACAAGAAGAACUUCUGGCAUACAUAGACCGUCAGGAAAAAGCCAAAUUUGAGAAAAAGAAGUUUUGCUGGUGAUUGCUGAAGAGAUAACUGUACAGAACGGAGCUGUUCGGCGCAUUGAUGGAUAUUACUUCAUUUCUGCUUGUAUAUAUAUAAUAAACUGCCCUGGAGUUUUUCUUCAGGUUGGCUUGUCCAUUAUCGGCAUGAAACUCUUGUACGAUGGAAUUCUGUAUAAACGUCUACUUAUCUCCCUCCCUCUCUCUUUCUCUCAAAACUUUAAUACAGAUGAAUUUGAGUGUUGAAUUUUAAGUAAUUUUAUGACAUUUAUAAAAGUUCAAACAAAGUCUAAG